UUGCCUUCUGGCCAAUCGCCGAUCGCUAGGGUUAGCACUUUGGACUCAGCCAUUCCGACAGCGACGGCACCGGUACUGACACUGUGUGCCGGACCGAUAACACUGGCGUUAACUUCGAUGGGCGCCGGGAUGGCGAAUGGAAGUAAACCCAUGUAUGCUGUGGUGGCCCCGAAUGUGUUGCGGCCAAACACUAAUUAUCACAUCAGUGUCUCACUGUAUGACAUCCCGGCGCCCAUCGAAGUGAAUGCCAGUGUUAUCGGUCCGGCACACAGUGUCAGCACCGGUGCCGUCGCUGUCGGUACGGCUGAGUCUAAAGUGCUAACCCUAGCGAUCGGCGAUUGGCCAGAAGGCAGGUAUAAGUUGCGGGUGGAGGGAAAGGGAGUGAAUUUCACCAAGUACGAUGAGGAUGUUGCCAUAACAAGGGAUGGAUUUUUAAAUGAAUUGUCACUUAAUUAUGAGGCGAAAUGUUUGUUGGUAUUCAUACAGACAGACAAAGCCACGUAUAAACCCGGACAGAAAGUACAAUUCCGGGCCGUUGUGUUCAAUCUAUCGCUUUUUCGCCAAAAUAAUAUCCCAAUUGAUAUCCAUAUUAAGGACGGUAACGGAAUGCCUGUCAUUGAGUGGACAAAAUUGUAUCCUAAAAACGGUGUCAUCUCUGAAGAGCUGCAACUGUCGGCACAGCCAGUGUUGGGCGACUGGACUAUAGGUGUGACGGCGUUUAGACACAACACCACAAAGACAUUCACUGUCGCUGCAGAAGAUGUGUUGCCCACGAUUACUGUGAAGUUAGUGUUGCCAACAUAUUUGACCACAAAUCGGACAGAAGUGGUCGCAAUUGUUAAAGCAAUUGAUGCCAAUGGGAAGGCUGUUAAGGGAGAGCUCACUCUUAACGUUCGGACCAGAGAUCAUAGUAAAUACAGUAUAAAGACUACAAUCGACGGAAGCGCUACAAUAUCCGUCAAUUUAGUCGAAGAUCUAGAACUCAAUGUACGACACAUCGGGAACUAUGGCUUUGAAAUUACAUUCACGGCACAAGUGGUGGAAACAGUGACCGGAAAACAGUAUAACACAUCCAAAACAAUCGACAUAUACGACAGGGAUGUUAGGCAAUUGCGACAAGUGGUCAACUCGCCCAACACAUACAAACCGGGACUAAAAAACACGUUUAUCGUCAAAGUUGUCACACAUGACGACAAACCAGUGGCCGAUAGCGGACCGCAACUCAAACUCAAAUACGGCUAUUCAUUGAAUGAGAGUGAAUGGAGAGACACUCCGUUACUGUUGUCGCCAACCAAUGGACUCAUUAAGUUUGAUGUGUUUCCGCCCAGAGAUAUUGACACAAUGGUAAUUAAAGCCGAAUAUAUGGGACACACGUAUGAUUUAGACACUACGAAGGCUAUAACCAGUUCCGGGCACUACUUGCAAGUGAUCCGUUCGGACACAACCGACAUCGCUGUCGGACGGGACGUAAAAUUCGUGGUGAAUGCGACCGAACCUAUCGGACGACUGGUGUGCGAAGUGAUGGGUAGGGGAGACAUAGCGUGGGCUAAGAGUUUUGACAUUCCCACCAAUAUUAGCGCCGGCUAUGAGUUCAGUGUCGCGACU